GGACCAUCACGAAAUCAAUUAUAGUAUUUAAACCUCUAAAGCUUUCUCCAUUGUAACUAUUCUCUUUUCACACCAUACUCAAUUUAACCAAUAAAGGUUUAUUAAGGAUCGUGUAGCCCAUUGCGAUCGAAACUACCAUACAUACAUACCCAAGUACUUAAACAACGAAAUCAUACCUGUCAACAGCAGAGAUAGUUACUGUCGAAGCGACAGACAUAGUUAAAAACGAUGCAAUCUCCCGAAGAAGAGAUUCUUGCAGCUCUGACGCAUUAUCGCGACAGCGUGUUACAACAUAAUCAUACCGCGUUCCAGCACUUCGUACAGCAUGUUGAGGCAGCGGCUCUCUCGGCAGAAAAGGCGUCGAUAAGCCCCAACCGCAUCUCCGAAGUAUGCCAAGAGUACUUCUAUAAUCUGCUCUACGUUUCGCGACCAGAGAGACUAGACCCGUCGCUCCAGAUCCACGUGCCCGCCGACGUGAUGACCAAGUGGGAUGCUCUGGCGCGAGCUUUCGCACUAGACGGCGUACACAUCGGAUCCGAUGCCAACCGUCGAGAGCAAUUCCGGAGGGAUUACAAGAACGGUAUAGAAACGGAACUACGCAAGAUAGAUCCCGAGCUUAAGUUUCCUGCCGAUUUUGAGGUACUCAUGAGCCAGGUAGAUAGCCUCGAGGGUCAUGGAUGGCCGCAGUAUCGAGCGGAGGGCCAGCAGGUGCGUUUUUGGGACGGGUUGGGCGAGGACGAGGGAGGAGCCGCUUGUCGCGUGUUUGGGCCUGAUGAUAAAUUGGCUAAACAGUUUGGUUUGGAGGACUGGGAGACUAAGGCCGGCUGGCAGUGCGGUAUGGGCCCCGAGACAACAUGCUUUGCUGCCUACUGCCGGCAGGAUGAAACUGGCAAGGAGUGGGCGUGGAGGUACGUGGCUGAUCAGGGCCAGUACGGGGUAGAGACAUUUGACAACGUGGUAGAGUUGUUACGGUGGUACGAAACGCUGUAUAUACCACCCCUAGACUAUUACAUCGGAACCCUCGAUAUUCGCAUGGGACAAAUCUUCAAGGAGUAG